AAAAAUAAAAUCCUCAAUAUAUAUAGAAAGCCUUUUUAACCAUCGUCAGGGGUUUAAACCCAAUAUCUAAAAGCCCAAACAUGUCAAAACCCAAGCCCAGAUACAAAAAUCCGAUUCGCCACAGCCACCAGCAAUCUUCCCGCCAGCAAAAUCGCCAUGGAUUCCGGCAUAGCCUCCCUCAAGCCUAAAAUUUUCUUCACACAUCAUGAUUCCGUUUCUCGGCUGUUGGUCUUAAUUUAUAUAUUAUAAUCUGUUCGCCUCAGAUUCGAAGAACCCUAAAAUAAAUAAAAAAGAGUAAAAUUGAAGGAUGGAGAAUUUUGAACAUGGACGGUUACUCUCUAAUCUCUCUUUCUCUACCUCGGUAAACUCGCUCAUCAGAUCCUCCCACGUUCUUCCUCGCCUCUUACGCUUUGUUGCGUGUUGCCUAAAAAGGUCUCGUCACCUUCAUCGUCGCCGGUUUUCCUCUUCACAUUAGCGGUGGAUCUCAUUCCCCACUGCCGAUCCUCCUACUCUCUCGGUUCGUAUUUACGCGCCGUACCUCAAGCGAUCUCGACCUGAUAAGUCUCUAAACUCUCUUCCUUACUCACUCUACCAUUCGUUUCUGCGAAUUGAGUAGAAAGCUUUUCUGCGAUUCGUCUUCAGGAACAAGGUAUGACUGCUGUGGAACUUGAAGAGGUUGUUUGCCGUGAACCUGAUGAAGCAGAGCUGAAUCAGUUCAGUGAUAAUGGUGGUAAAAACGUUGUCUAUCAACUUCUAGAUCAAAAGACUUCCGAACGUAGAUGGUUAAGUGAAAGGUUUCUCAGAUGGAGACGAAGAUAUCUUCCUGUUGAUGGAGAUAACAGACGUGACCACGGAUCAGUGAAACAGUCAGGACCCCUUGUGUCUGGAGCAGCUUACUGCAUCUCUUCCUGCAGCAUGAUUAUAUUGAACAAAAUUGUUCUCUCCAGCUAUAAUUUCAACGCUGGGAUCUCUUUGAUGUUAUAUCAAAACUUAAUCAGCUGUUUGGUGGUAGCUGUGCUAGAUAUCUCUGGAAUGGUUUCAGUGGAAAAAUUCAACUGGAAGUUGAUCAGAGUAUGGUUGCCUGUCAAUGUUAUCUUUGUGGGCAUGCUGGUCUCAGGAAUGUACAGUUUGAAGUACAUAAAUGUUGCCAUGGUGACUAUUCUGAAGAAUGCGACAAAUAUCAUUACAGCAAUAGGGGAGGUAUACAUGUUCCGGAAAAGGCAGAACAACAAGGUUUGGGCUGCAAUGUUCAUGAUGAUCAUUUCUGCAAUCAGUGGAGGUAUCACGGAUCUCACAUUCGAUGCAGUAGGGUACACAUGGCAGCUUGCCAACUGCUUUCUAACCGCAAGUUAUUCACUUACUCUUCGUCGAGUAAUGGACAAAGCAAAGCAGUCAACCAAGUCUGGCUCUCUUAAUGAGGUGUCAAUGGUGCUGCUGAAUAAUCUCUUGUCACUACCUUUCGGUAUCAUCUUAAUCAUCUUACUGGGUGAAUGGAGAUACGUAAUUAGCACGGAUGUGACAAAAGAUGCAAUGUUUUGGGUAGUGGCAACAGCAAGCGGCUUCCUUGGUUUGGCAAUUAGCUUCACUUCAAUGUGGUUCUUGCAUCAAACCGGACCCACAACUUACAGUCUUGUGGGUUCAUUAAACAAGGUUCCGAUAUCACUAGCUGGGCUUGUACUCUUCAAAGUCCCUCUCAGUCUCCCAAAUUUAUUCAGCAUACUGUUUGGUUUAUUUGCUGGAGUCGUCUUUGCCAGAGCUAAAAUGUCAUGAAGCGUAUUUCUAAGCAGAAGUGGGAUUGUUCAAGAAG